AAACAAUUAAAUUAUUUAUUUUAUAAAUAGCAAAACUUUACUCAGGAAACUGCAGACCAUUUAUUUUAUAUGUUAAUUAAAGUUUAUAAUUAAAAUUUUUUACUUUCAUUAUUAAAUAUGGGUGAAAACGAUACAGAACGUAAUUUACUAAGAAGCCUCAUAAAUGCUUCGGAAAAAGCAGCUAAUAUUGCCCGUAUAUGUCGAUCAAAUGAACAACUUCUGUCGUUAUUAGUUCAAGAAAAAAGUGGAACUGAAGCAAAUGCGCGAUUUGAACAUGAUUUCAAGACCCUAGCAGAUGUACUGAUACAAGAAACUAUCAAACAUGAUGUUGGAAAUUUAUUUCCCGAAUUGCGUGAAUCCAUUUGUGGCGAGGAAUCACCAAAUUUUACAAAUACUCUUGGCGAAUCAGUCACCAUUAGUGUAGGUGAUACCUUAACAAAUACAAUACAAUGUCUGUCCACAGUGCUAAAUGGUAAUGAAGAAGCAGCGGAAGCAUUAGCCAAUGAAGUCCAUCGUGAUAUAUCCUUUGAGGAUGAGAGAUUAGGGGAUAUACCAGCUCUACCAAAUGAUUUAGCAUAUGAAGAACUUGGUAUAUGGAUUGAUCCAAUUGAUGCUACUGCUGAAUAUAUUUCCGGGGAUUCAAUGUUUACAAACUUUCCUGGUAUCACAUCAACUGGAUUGGAUUGCGUUACUGUGCUGAUUGGUGUCUACAAUCGUUUAACAGGAAUACCAAUUAUAGGUGUUAUUUCACAACCGUUUCAACAAAAAAUUAUUGAUAAUGAAUAUCGAUCGCUUGUAUUUUGGGGUGUAGCGUUACCCGAUUUACAAGUGAAUAAUUGUAAAUUCGAUGCUAGAAUAAGAAAUCCUUUAGGCAUUUUCUCUAGUUCAGAAAAUCCAGAUGUUUUGCAGUGCUUCUUAAAUUUAGGUUAUGAAAUAGCUUUCUCAGCUGGUGCUGGACAUAAAGCGCUUAAAGUUAUAACAAAUGAAGUGGAAAUAUACACGUUAAGCAAAGCCGGCACUUUUAGAUGGGAUACUUGUGCACCACAAGCGAUAUUGCGUUCGAUAGGUGGCGAUAUAUAUAAUUAUAGUGAAUCGGUCAAGCAACAGAAACCGAUUGCAUUAAAUUAUUCACCAGCAAAUGAUAAUGAGGAAAAUUGGAAGUGCAAUAAAGGUGGUUUAAUUGCUAUACGUGAUAGUAAUAACAUUGAGCAGUUCAUUGUGGCGUUGGCAAAUGUAUAAAAAAAAUUGUGUGGUAUACAAUAUAUCAGGGUUUCGAUUUCCUAUUAUUUUAAGAAUUAAAUGUUAUACGUUGUCUGCUGUUGAUAUUAAUUAGUUAAUGCUGAAUAUAUUUUCCUGAUGUUAAAAACUUGUUGCUAUUUGUUGUGUGCUCUUGAUUUUAAAAAGUUCAAUUUUGAUAUUGUAAACAAUUGUAUUUUGUUCGUUAAGUUUUAAAAAAAAACAGUUUCAAUUAUUUGUUUAAAUAUAACAUAUAGUUUAUAUUGUUAACUUCGUAACAUAUUUGUUAAAAAAAUAUUAUAGUUACAUUUCAUAUUUUAUUUAGCUAAAACAAACAGACUAUUUACGUUAUGAUAAAUUUGUUAGCUGCAAACUCUUUAAUAAGUUAGAAAAUUGUUAUAAAAACAAAUUAAAGUCCAAAAAAAAAAUAAAUAAAAUUGUUAAAUAAACAUAAAUUAUUUUAAAACAAUGACUAUUACAACAUCAAUUAGAGAACUUGAAGAUUAAUUAAAAAAUAAAUUUAUUAAAAUUAUUUUAUAAAAUGCCAGAAAUGCAUUUGUUUAAAAAUAAAAUAUUAAUUAUAAAUACUAAUUUGUUUUGUGCUAGUGGCUAUUGUCAUUUAGUUUUACAUAUUGUUGCGUUUUAAGUUAAUUAUUAAACUAUUAUAAUUUUUUGUAUAUUCUUGCGUUUUAAGUUAAUUAUUAAACUAUAAUAAUUUUUUAUAUAAAAAAAUGGUUUUCAUUUUGGACUAUGCUUGCGUUUUCUGUAAAAAUCAUUUCAUAUAACAAAGCAAUUUAUAAAAUAUGACUGACAACAAAUUGGUAAGGCACUUCUUUCAUUAUUAAAAGUUAAUAUAUAUUUUUUCGUUUGGCUUUUUAUGUCGUUAUACGCGAUACAUAAAACUGCUUCAAAUUAACAGAAACAUUUUGUUAUUCUACUAAAUUUCAUAUAUGAGUUGGGCAUUAGACAGCUUUCUUCAUGGUCAUUUCAUGAGAUGUACGCAAACGUCUUCUCAACUCAUUAGGGAAGCGUUCAUAACAUUUCUUGCAUACUGGCUUCUCGUCAUAUUCAUAGAAUUUUGAUUUCUGUGUCAUUUUUGUAUCGCAGACGGAACAAGCAAAAUGAUGCACACACCAGGCUUUAUUUAAGGCAGUAAAAAC